UUAGCCUUGGUCGAUCUCUCAUCUCGGCUGAUUCUAAAUAUCAGCAGAUUGGCUGCCAUAUCCUGUUUUACUUAUUGGCUUCCUCCUCCACUCAACCCCCCAUUACCUGUUAUUAUAUUCGUCACCCGGCCUUCCCAACCCAUUCAAAAUCUAGUCCAUAUACUUGCUUCUCUUGUCUUUCCCAACUGAACAUCCCGCAGUAUAUCAGGACUAUCUAUUCUUUUCUCAUUUUCCCAUCUUGCGACCCUUUUUCUUUGUCAACUGCGGAACACAAGGGGAGUCUAGUAUCUGAGGUCCCAAAAUCAGAUAUUGGGUACAAAUAUCGUUGUUGUUUUCAACAUGAACGUUUCAAGCCUGAUCAGUUGCGAUCAGCCGCAACCAUUGCGCGCGCCAGCAUCUUCAUAUUCUGAGCACCGUCGAUCCCCAUCGGUCCCCAAGCCUUUGCAGACGGAGAGCAGUUCAUGCGCUUCUCCAUACUCGCGGUUCGAGCGUCUCCCUCUUUCACCGCCGGAGGAGGAUGGCAAGACACAGUUCUCACUUCCUUCUAUCUCGUCUCUUCUUCGGGGCGUAGAUGGUGUUUCUGAUGCGCACGUUGCUAAGAGACAACGAACCAACCCUCCUCCUAGCAUUGACUUAGGGAUGGAGAGACGGACUACAGGCCAAACAUUAAAGCAGAGGCCAGCGCUGCCUUUGACACCUCCUCUAAGGCCUGAGUCUGGCAUGAAUAGCACAAGCCAGUCGCCGUCAACAUCAUCGCCACCACGAAGCGCCAUCUCACUACCGAGUCUUGUUCGGAGUUAUCCGUCUCCAGUUUCAGAAGUUCCAGAGGGACGACGGAUGUCACAGAUAUCGCGGCAUUCGCGAGGGGCUUCGACGUCGCAAACUUCUCAACUUUCAGGCCCAGAAACACGUUACCCAUCGCCACCAAAUGUCAACUCUCCAACCUUUGCUGCCCCUGUUGAACCAGCGCCAAAGCCGACAGAAUACUACCCAGCCAGCCGACCGGUAACGUUUCCACCUGUGGCGUUCGCAGUUCUGCCAAGCCAGCCAACUCAUCCUCAGGUGCUUCCUCUUGGAAGUCCUGCGUGGCAGCACCAUCAUUAUUUCCCUCCUUCCAACACAGCAACUUAUCCUCUCAAUCACGAUAGAUACAUCUGCCGAAUAUGUCAUAAGGCUUUCUCAAGACCGUCCAGCCUGCGAAUACACUCCCACAGUCAUACUGGCGAGAAGCCUUUCCGGUGCCCCCAUGCCGGCUGUGGGAAAGCCUUUAGCGUGCGAAGCAACAUGAAGCGACACGAAAGGGGUUGCCAUCCUGGAAGAUCAGCACCACCAUCGGCCCUGGUUAACUGAAAGGGCAAAGAACUCCAGUUCUACAACGGGACUUGAAUCUUGUACUGGUCCUUGGCUGCUGAUGAAGGGAACAUGCCGAACCUCUCAGCACUAUAGCGAACACGCAACAUGUUGACAUUGACGCUAACAACGGAGUUUUCUUUUCUUGUGCUCCUCGAGAAAGCCCUGUCGACGAGGUAUCACGAACGGUCGGAGCGACAACUCGCCCCUCUUCGAGAGGAGGGGGAGUUCGUCCUCGAGAUGAAACGAUACUAUUGCUUGGCGGUCUUAUAACUGCAUGUUCGUCUUCACACGCCGCAUGCUCUCAUCUCGAGGUAGCUCCUCUUGGUGCAGGCACCGCGGGGCCAAAGAAAAACGUCCCUGUCAAUUCAGGAGGCGACUUGGCAAAAGCGAGUACCAAAAGCGAUGCGCAUCAUUUCCCCAAUCAAGGGAAAAGUCCAUUCGGCAUUGUAUAUAUCAUAUAACGUCAUGGUUCUCAGGAGCGUGCAGGGACUAGGGUAUAAUAUAGAUGGGGAAGGAUCUUUUUUGGUCUUGCACGGGAAGCUUUCCGGUUUAGCACGCCUUUAGCUUUAUGGGGGAGGU